AUGGUGUCCAAAACUGGCUGUCCUCUACGCAACCUGGCUGAUUGUGGUGGAAGUGUGAACCAGCUAGGAGGAAUGUUUCUCAACGGCAGACCUCUCCCAGAGUCUAAGAGGAGAAAAAUGAUUGAACUGGCCUCUGAGGGAGUCCGUCCGAGUCAGAUCUCCAGGAUACUCCGGGUGUCCAACGGGUGCGUCAGUAAGAUCCUGAGCCGCUACCGGCGCACUGGACUCCUGGAGCCGAAGACUAUAGGAGGGAGCCGCCCUCGGCUUCUCACCCCCGGUGUCAUCUCCACGAUCAUCCAGUGCAAGAGGGAAAAUCCAACCAUUUUUGCAUGGGAAAUUCGUAAAAGGCUCGCAGCAGCACGAAUAUGCAAGGCCUCCAAAGCUCCCAGCGUGUCGUCGAUAAAUAGGAUUUUAAGAAAGAUCCACUUGGACCACGGACCGAUGUGUAUGGAGGUCAGCGCGCACAUUAGGGCUGGACAAGAUUUUUAUUCUCUGGUUCAAGAGGAAGUGAACGAGGUGGAGAUUUUUCAGACAGUCCGGUAUGCUGAUAUGUACACAAGAGAGAAGCUGUCAGCUGAAAUUAAGCUUCCCGACGACACCAUCAAGGUGUGGUUUUCAAACAGACGGGCCAAAUGGAGGAGGGAAGCCAAGCAGAAAAGUAGCACGCAGAACCCACGAGUCGGGGAGUUGGUGAACUUGUUGGUCCGGUUUGAAGGCCUCCAUGUGGUCCAGUAG